UUUGUGGUCUCCUCCUGGUCUCCUCCUGGUCUCCUCUUGUUCUCCUGCUGGUCUCCUCUUGUUCUCCUGCUGGUCUCCUCCUGGUCUCCUCCUGGUCCUCCAGUCUCUCUACCCCCUCUUUGUGAUUUUCUAGCCGCUCAGAUGUACCGUGCUCCGGUCAGACCUCCGCGAAGUCCCGGAGCUCCGCGGCCGGCUGGAAGGUUUCCGUCUCCGCCGUCUUGCUGGAGUUUCGCCGGUGCUCGCUCCCCGUACGGAGGCUCCGGACACUGCGGAGGAUCCCCUCGGGGCGGCCCCAUUUACUCCCCUCGUUGUCCGGUCUACUCCCCCGGUUCUGUCCGAGGAUACAGGGACGCUUCUCCGUCCGGAUUUGGCAACCGGCCCCGGGGGUUGGGAGACUCUCCAGCCGGGUUCGGCAACGGCUCCCGGGCGUUCGGAGGACAGAUGCGGCGUAGGGGGGGCGGUUUCCGGCGGCCCCAGUCCUUUAGUCCGUCUUCAGCUCAGAACUUCCAGCAUGGAUCUUCAGACUCUUCAGUGGAGAAAUAUUUCAGCCCAUCGAUGCUGCAGGAUCCUUGGGCAGCAUUGCAGCCAGUCGCAGCUGCGGACAGGCGGACAACCUGACAGGAAA